AUGGCUCAUCCAAAACACAUUACUGGUGUUUCGGUUGCAAUCGCGGCUUUGAUACUACUUGUAACGUGUUUCCAUUGCGUCGAUGCAAACUACCGACAACAAUUCAUGGCUCCACAAAACGCAGCAAGAUCGCGUUUAAGGCUCAGACCGCUAGUGUGGGACGCCAAACUAGCCCGUUACGCGCAAUGGUGGGCCAACCAAAGACGCCGUGACUGCGCCUUGAUCCAUUCGAAUGGACCGUACGGUGAGAAUCUCUUUUGGGGUUCAGGCAAUAGAUGGAGCCCGGCUCAAGCCGCAUAUGGAUGGUUGUCUGAAGCAAGAAGCUACAACUAUUACUCUAACUCGUGCAGGGCCGAGAUGUGUGGCCAUUACACGCAGAUUGUGUGGAAGAACACACAGCGGAUUGGUUGCGCUCACGUGAUCUGCGAUCGCGGAGGCGGCGUGUUCUUGACUUGCAAUUACGAUCCACCAGGGAAUUUUCUUGGUAGGAGGCCUUAUUGA